AUGCGCCCAAGGAUACAGCAAGAGUUGGAGCAAGAGCAGGAAAAGCAACUCUCGUCAACUGAAGCAACCCCGCGCGUCAAUGGCGAUGACGGCCCUGGCGUCGCGAAACGACAGGAGCUGCAACAGAAGUUGGAGAGAUUGCAGCAGCAACAGGAGCAACUUGUUCGACAUUGGAACUCAGUCCAAUCACCUGUCCAAAAGCAACAGAUCCAGAACCAGCACAACCUGCUGCAGCAUCAGCAGCGACAGCUGCAACAAGAGAUGGAGCAGCUUGAGAAUGAGGAGCCGCCGAAGGGGCCAGAAGAUCAGCCCGUGCCACAGCCACAAGCGGUCCCGAAGCAGCCGCGGGUACCGCCGCAGCAGGUACCACCGCAGCAGGUACCGCCGCAGCAGGUACCGCCGCAGCAGGUACCGCCGCAGCAGGUACCGCCGCAGCAGGUACCGCCGCAGCAGGUACCGCCGCAGCAGGUACCGCACCAGGUACCCCAGCAGGUACCGCAGCAGGUACCGCAGGUACAGCCGCAAGCAGAGCAGGAAGCUGAACACUCUGCGCGAGCAGAUGAUCCCCUGCUGCAGCAGAUUCAGGUCAUUCAGCAGCAGGUGGCCACCAUCCAGUUGCAGAUGCAAAGCCCGCUGCCACUGAUCGCGAAGCAGCAAAUGCAGCAGCAGAUGCUGCUGCUGCGACAGCGGCAGCACAUGCUGCAGCAACAACUGCAACAGAGGCAAGCGGAGCCCACACAGAAGCCUGAGCCUACACAGCUACCGGCCGCAGAGGCGUCGUCGGCCUUAGAGCAGCUGCGAACACAGCACCAGGCAGAGCGAAAUCAGCUGAUGCAAGAGAUGCAAAGUCAAAUGAACGUUGCUGGUGGUCAGCCACACGGAAUGAUGGAGCAGUUGCAGCAGAAACUGAUGAAGCUGCAGCAAAAGCAGCUCCAGGAGCAACAGCACUUGCAACCACAAGCGCAAGGAUCCCCUGAGCCACCGCAGCCUGCCCCGCCACAGCCUGAAGCCCCCAGAGAAGAGGCUCCACCUGCAGCAGGAACUACUUCUUCCAGUGCAGAUGAGCUCACGAAGGCUUUGUUGUCUGCGUUACCUGGCGGAGCCAGCGAGGCACCGGAGGCUCCGGAGGCCCCUGCGCCGCCUGAACCGGUCGUGCCAGACCCCGAGCCCCCUGCCCAGGAGCAAGAGGCGCCGUCACCGGUGCCACAGGUGCCUGGAGCCUUGACCCCUGUGGCCAUUGCUCAGGCUCAACAGGCACACAUGGCGCUGGCGGCGCAAGCCCAAUUGCUGCAGCUACAGCAGCAGCAGGCGUUGAUGCAAUACUAUGCGGGCAUGUUGGGCUAAAA